CAAACCAAGCUCCCUUGAACGUAUAUAUCCCUUUCUUGAUAACUUCGUAUCGACUCUUGCUUUGCAUAUAAUCCCUUGCAAACCAGCUCCUCUGCUUCCCAAGAGUAGAUACGAUAUGAAUCAGCGUCUAAUACGGAUUGUUAUCUUGUGGUCGCCCCGCUGCGAUGCUAUCAGAACUCGGAGCGGAGCGCCCACCUUGAUCACUCUACUACAGCACGGAAGCGAUUGCAACCUUGUCAGAAAGACCUAGAUAAGUAACUAUAUCUUUAUGCUACACAAAAUAAAACACACACUAUUCCUCUCAGUGGCAGCCCCAACCCUAAGCGAGCCUGAUUUCAUGAUGUUACAGUGACAGAUAUGAGACAACAUGAAAAAUCAACCAACAAUAUACAAGACAUAAAUACCUUGCACCUAUUAUUGAUGUUUGUCGAAAUUGUGCCCAAUAACGUUCCAUCUAUCUAUCUAUCUAUCUUAGGCUGCUAAUUUGGUGGUAGUACAAACAUGUUCUUUUUGUAGAGUCCACAAUCUCCACCACGGCGUACUUCUGGUUGGUCUUAAAGUACAAACGUACUAAAUGGGAGUUGUUUGUAUCGAUGAGCUUGUUUUACUACAAAGUCUGUACUAGUACUGAUCUCCUGUCUCUUGCUGCCUUUUCAGCCAAGCUCAAGGAGCUAUGAAAUCGGAUCGGAUGCUCCAGUUACCAGUGACAGCGUUCGUGUGCACUGGUUUUGCCAUCACCAAUGUUCCAGAGCUAUUAUUUGAUGGAUAUGAAGUGUUGCUGGAGUUUAUCCAGUCUUGCGCCCUUAUUAUGAUGCCGUUUGUUCUUCCCUAUUGUUAUGUAGUCAUGGGUCGUCGAGUGCCGUACAUAUUGAAGUGGUGGAACAAACUGAGCCGGAUCGUUAUAUCCCUCACUAACAUCCAGCUUGACUUUAACACAUUUGCCCUAGCGGUGAUGAUUUUUCAUGCAUCGCUAUGUGUCAUCUACUUGGGCUGGGGAACAGUGAAGACCUUCGCCUACCUCUGGAUGCCCAUCUUUCCCUUCAUUGGGAUUGAGUGGUUUAUCAAAUUGCGUGGCCCUAACACACGCACUGCCAGCAUCCGGCUCUUCAUCGACACGGCCGGUGUUGUUUUCAUGUCUUAUAUGGUAUUACUCGACAUCAGCUUGAGCUACCUCUGGCUCGCCAUCUUUCCCAUCAUUGAGAUCACUUUCAUCUUCAAACUGUGUGUCGAGCUCCAAGGCAAAGCCAACCGGCCCGCAGGUAGCAGCAGCAGCGGUGCUAGUGAUCACAAAUAUGAAGAGAAGACCAGAAAGGAAUUACCAGAGCAAAACAUGUUACUAAUAUUGAUCCCGUUCUCGGCACUAUGCCUGAUCGCACUUUUUAUCGACGACCAUGCAGGUGCAGCUGACAUGUUUGCCUUUUCCCUGUUCCUUCUGUUCCUGAGCACCACACUAGGGGCGCUGACAUACAUGGCGAUGAGGCUGCCCACUGGCAUCUCCCCUGGCAUAGCACCGGCAUCCCAGUUGCUCCAAAAGACCUCGCUUCUUCUGCUGCUGGUGACGGGUCACACACUGGUUGCAGAGUUGCUGGGUCAGAAUGUGGUACUGAUUUGCAUGCCGGAGGUUUUCCCUGUGCUCCUGUGGUUCAGCCUUCACCUCGACAGCGACAAACCCAUCAUCAGCAUCGACAAGAUGAAACCACACAAAACUACUCUCAGUGCAGUGGUAGUUAUUUUCGGAUGCCUAGUGACCUACAUGGAUGAAUCUUGGCUCUACAGGUGUACAACGAUCUUGGUGUCUUGUGGCGUCUCAGGGCUUUUGACACACUAUGUUCUGUUCAUACUAUGUCAGUGGCCGAGGCAACAGGCUUGUAAGGAUAUGGCUUUCAAUAUAAGCCAUCCUAUCUCCAAACAAGCUGGCAAGGGCAAGGCAACUGCCUCUUCGGAGGAGGUUGCACAAUCUAAGAAACAAGCUGCCAAGGGCAAGUCCAAGGCCACUCCUUCUCUAGAGGGGCCUGCUCAGUCUAAAACACGUGCUGACAAAGGCAAGGGUACUGCUGCUUUGGAGGAGGCCGUCCAGUCUAAGCAAGCUGGCAAAGGUAAGGAAACUGCCUCUUUCAAGGAAGCUCUGCAGUCUAAAAAACAAGCUGGUUCUUUCGAGGAGGCAGUGCAGCUGCUCAAGUUUUGGGCAAACUCUUUGUUGACAUUGACAGCUGUGUUGCUGGUACUUGAGUGUCUGGUUGCUUUCCGGCUUGGUCUGAAUGUACCACUGAUUACUACACUUGAGAAACUUCACAAGGCCUAUGCCGAUGUAUUGACACAGAUCUCUCAAUACAUAUCCAUAAUGUAGCUUACGGGUGUUCAUCGACAGGUUGGAGCCAACCGGCGUAACCCACUGCACUACAUGGUCUGGCUGGUUUCUCAAAAACCCUGGAUGAACACCCUAACAGCUGAAGUGACAGCAGACAAAUACCUUUUGGUGCACAUUUAUAUGGCACAGUACAUUCCAUAAGUAGUUCAGUUUUCGCUUGUGUGUCCAAAAUACUACUCCCUCCAUCUGGAAAUAAGUGACUUGGAUUUGCUGUCACUUAUUUCCGGACGGAGGGAGUAAAUAUUUCAUACAGUACAUUAGCACAUUAAUUGUGAGCAGCCCAUUGUUGUACAGUAGUGCAUGCCUCCAGCACAGCAAAGUAGUGCGUGUAUCUGUGCAUUUCAUCCCCGUGUAUUGUUUCUGUGUGUGCAAUACACUUUGUACUGUCAAAAGUGACUGUUAUGUAAUUUCAUAGGUUGGCUGUGUAAAAAAAAAGGGGGUAUUUGUGUGACA